AUGAGAGUGGUGCGCGUAACGGCGUUCGAUGCGAGGGCCGCUCGCGGCAAGCCCGCUGCUUGCCACCGAAUGGGCCAGCUUGAAAAGGAUCGUUUCCGUCUCGUAGCUUAUACAACUCUUGGUCAUCGAAUCGAUCCCCGAAUCCCGUUGUCGAUUGCUUGGAUGACAUUGAUGGGUCUGCUCAUCGUUUUUCUUCUCCUCACCCCACUCACGUCGAUUCGAUUGAAUCCAUACGAUAGAUUAGAUCAGAUAUUUGAUCAUUUACAGGUACCCCGAGAAAAUGUGCCGAAACAUUACGAGAUAAAUCUCAAAGUUUUCCUUCCCUAUCGUCCGGGUGUCGAUUAUGGAAAGAGGAAUUUCACUUUUGAUGGCUUCGUGAAAAUCAUUUUCCGGUGUGAGACGCCAAAUCGAAAAAUCCUGUUGCACUCGGCUCGUCAACUCGGUUUCCGGGUACAGCUAUUCGAUGAUUUGGGGAAAGAGAUUUCCCUGCAAGAUCACUAUCACAAUCACUCCCAAGAACUUCUCCACAUUCAACCCGCCGAUCUGCUCACUGCUGGUGUCGACUACACCUUGCACAUCAACUAUACAGGCGGCUUCGAUAAUGGGAACUUUACCGGCAUCUACUCAGCUCCUUAUCGACACGAGACGGAAAAAAGAUGGAUGCUAGCUACUCACUUGCAAUCGAUGGACGCACGGACGCUGUUCCCGUGCUUUGAUAUUCCCGAUGCAAAGGCCAAAUUCAAGGCGACUGUCGAGCAUCCGUUCGGGACAAACGCCGUAUCGAACACAAUCGAAACGCUUGUGGUGAACAAUGGGAAUUGGACAAUCACCGCUUUUAAGGAGACUCCACUAAUGUCGACUUAUCUUUUUGCACUGUGUGUCUCCGAUUUCCCGUACACUGAAACCCACACAUUGAAAGGCGUUCGAGUUCGUGUCUACACAGAACCCUCAAAAGUGAACGACACCGGCACAGCGUUGGACAUUGUGCCUCGAUUGCUCGACUUCUAUGAGGACUAUUUUCAGUACGAGUAUCCGCUCAUGAAAUUGGGUGAGUUGAUU